AUGAGAAGUCACACAUAUGUUGAUUCAUUGGGCAUGCCCAGAAUAAUGGCCCGUAUCCUGGACGGUAAAGGCCUUGCAAAAGAGAUUAAAGAGGAACUACAGGUUCAAAUUGAAAAUUGGGUGAAACAAGGUAACAGAGCACCUUCAUUGCGCUGCAUCAUUGUUGGUGAAGAUCCAGCCAGUCAUACAUAUGUACGUAACAAAAUCCAAGCUGCUAUAGAUGUUGGUAUUACAGCAGAGACUAUAAAAUACAAUGAUAGAUUAUCUCAAGAAGAACUACUGGCAAAAAUUCAAUCUUUAAAUAUAGACCAAGAAGUAGAUGGCAUUCUGGUACAAUUACCACUACCUGCAACUAUGGAUGAGAGAAAAAUCUGCAAUGCAGUAGCUCCUGAAAAGGAUGUAGAUGGCUUUCACAUUAUAAAUGUCGGUCAAUUGUGCUUGGACAUGCCCACCAUGGUGCCUGCAACUGCUCUAGCAGUAAUCGAGAUGUUAAAGAGAUUCAAAAUUGAGACAUUCGGCCGUAAUACAGUUGUCGUCGGUAGAUCUAAGAAUGUUGGUAUGCCAAUAGCUAUGAUGUUACAUAGCGACAGAAACCAUGACAGUGGUCUCGGAAUGGAUGCGACUGUUACUAUCUGCCAUCGGUACACACCUCGCGAACAAUUGGAAGCAUUCUGCACCAAUGCUGACAUUAUUAUCACCGCUACUGGUGUGCCAAAACUCAUCAAAGCCAACAUGAUUAAACCCGGUGCUACAGUUAUAGACGUCGGAAUUACGAGAAUAACGGACGAGCAAGGAAAAACUAAACUCGUGGGCGAUGUUGAUUAUGAUGAGGUAAUUAAAAUUGCCGGAGCUGUUACACCUGUUCCCGGUGGUGUUGGUCCAAUGACAGUCGCCAUGUUGAUGCACAAUACUUAUCAAGCCGCACAGAGGAUCCAGAAAGCUAAAAUGCAAAACUGA